AUGUCACGAUCAUCUUAUGACCGAUAUCUUACAGUAUUUUCUCCAGAAGGACGACUAUACCAAGUCGAAUACGCAUUCAAAGCUAUCUCAGGAGCCGGUAUAACGGCAAUCGCAGUUCGAGGAAAGGAUACAGCUGUAGUGAUCACUCAACGGAAAGUACCUGACAAGCUACUUGAUCCCGAGACUAUCACGCACUUGUUCCAGAUUACACCUACCAUAGGAUGUGUGAUGACAGGUUUGAUCGCCGAUGCAAGAGCUCAAGUACAACGAACACGUCAAGAAGCAGCUUCUUUCAGAUAUAAAUUUGGAUAUGAGAUCUCCCCUGAGGCUUUGGCUAAGAGAAUGGCAAAUAUCAAUCAAGUGUACACUCAACGAGCAGGUAUGAGACCAUUGGGUAUCUCUAUGAUCUUGAUUGGACCGGAUGAUGAACGAGGACCUCAAGUAUUCAAACUUGAUCCUGCAGGAUACUUUACGGGAUACAAGGCUACUGCCUCUGGACAAAAGCAAACUGAAGCUACCAACUAUUUGGAGAAGAAAUGGAAGACUAUGGAGACCGAUAAGACAGUGUUGGAUCGAGCAGGUGUGAUUGAACUCGCCAUUGAAUGCCUAUCGUCAGUGGUACAAACAGAUUUUAAAGCUACAGAGAUCGAAAUUGGUAUCUCAUCCACAUCGCCCGAAGAGACGAAUAUCGAAGGUCAAAAUGGUAGAUUCAGACAGAUGGAUGAGGAGGAAAGAGGUGAAUGGUUGGUAAGAGUGGGUGAGAAGGACUAG